AUGUCUGUCGCUACAAAGAAAGAUCUCCGGAAGCUAAUUGGAAGAGUUUUGCGAACUCUCUCGGCUGAAUCAAAAAUGGAGCAGAGUACUCGAAUACUUGGAAGUAUAAAGAACCUAAAAGAAUACCACAGUGCUAAAUCGGUGGGUCUCUACUUACCGAUGAACACCGAGGUUGAUACUCGCUGUAUUAUGGAGGAUUGCUUUGGUUGUGGGAAAUCUGUGGUUGUUCCCAAGAUUCUCACUGAUUCAGAAUUUGAGUGGGUUUCGAUUGAUUCCUGCUCAGUAAUCGACGCUCUCCCGAGAGACAAGUGGGGAAUCCCGAUACCGGAGUAUCAUGAUGGAAAUCGAUUGCUUCUUCAUCCUGAACUAACUCCGGACUUGAUUAUUGUUCCCGGAGUGGCAUUUGAUUCCCAUUGCCAAAGACUGGGACACGGAAAGGGAUACUAUGGUAGGGUUUUCGGUGCCUAGGAGUGGUGAAUAGAUCGUUCAUUUGAGUUUUUGAAACAUUGGUGCCAGUCACACCAAAGGAAAUAUCCUAUUCUAAUGGUAUAAUAGUCCUUCUGUAUUCUUAUUAUUAGGGUGUUGCGUUUGAAGAGCAAAUAGUCGAAUCGGUCCCUGUCUCCGAGCAUGAUGUGGCUCUUGAUAUGGUUGUAACAGCAUCCAAAACAUAUCGAUCCUUUCAUGUUUAUUCACAUUCAUCUAUUCCCAAGCAAGUUUCACAGAUAUACUAUUUUGAUUAGGGAUUCUCCACACCAUAUCAUAUCACAUCAUAUUACAUCAUUUUCAAUGAUUACACUGCUCAUCAUAGGAAAAAACAAUAUAGCGUUCUUUUUCUUCACCUAUUAUCUCCGUAUUUUCAACGUAUACACAAUACUAACGGAUUCAAUAACGUGGGAGUAACUAUUUAUGAAAACUCUUUCACCUCAAAAUUUGUGUGUUUGGCUAUUAUCGUUUUGUUUUAAAUAAAUCGAAUGAAUCGAGGUUUCUGGGGAAAUCAGGCACUGAAUCAAUAUUUGGCUAUGCAAGAAUAUGAGGGUGCUAUGAAGUACAUAACCAUCUGACGUUUAAUGUCUAGAAACACAAACAAAUUAUCACAAACUUGCUUUGAUCAAUGUAUAAAAUCGUUACGAAGCCCAACUCUUGAUUCCACCGAAAAGAGCUGCCUUGAGAGUUGUGUAGAGAAAUAUAAAGCGUAUGCUCUCCUUGUUCAAAAGAAUAUUGAUCAAAGCGUGCAAGAGCAGGAAAAGAAACAAUCAAAGAAGGCCU